GUUUCAAAAUCCUUUCUGCUUCUUUCAAGGCAAUACAGAAAGAAGCUCUCACAAGAAAUUGUCGAAGAAAAAUGGGUUAUUGGUCAGCUGAAAACGCCACUGAGGCCUACAUCAAAACCAUGAAAAUGAGUAAGAGAGCUCAGGAACCAGAUGUAGCUGAGUUCAUCUCAGCGAUUGCAGCGGGAAACAACGCUCAACUGAUGGUGGUUGCAUGUGCAGCCACGGCCGGCUCGACCACCCUAGGCCUCAUCGCGGCAUCUCAUCAAACAGGUGGGCGGCUGAUCUGCAUCGUGAAGGGGAUAGAAGAACUUCAAUCCUCCAAGCAAGCCCUUAACUCAGACGCGAACCAAGUUGAGUUUGUUGUAGGAAAUGCUCAAUCUCUCUUGUCAAAUGACUACAAAUCUGCUGAUCUUGUGGUCAUCGACUGUAAUCUAGAGAACCAUGAAGGGAUUCUAGGAGCGAUACAAGGGAACAAGAGGGAAAAGAGUACGAUCGUUUUGGGGUAUAAUGCAUUUUGGAAGGACUCAUGGGUGUGGAGCAGAUCAAAUAGCCACUUGUUGCCCAUAGGAGAAGGACUGCUAUUGAUGAGAAUCGCCGGAAAAUCUGAGAACAGUGGUAGCAAGAAUGGCGGCCACGGCGGCAACGGUGGUGGAAGGCGGAGUAAUUGGGUGGUUAAAGUCGAUAAAUGCACAGGCGAAGAGCAUGUUUUUCGGAUCAAAUCACCAGGUGGUAGAGUCGUGAAAGCUUAAACUUUCCACACUCCUGUUGUUUUGCUGAAGUUCUUCAUCCCUAAAUGUAUAUAAUAGAUCAUCCAUAUCUAUAAUCGUCUUCUGGGUGUUAAUUACACCAUCAGUAAGAUCAUAAAUUUGUUCUUAAAAUCGAUUAUAAGAUUUGUUACGAGAUGGAA